AUGCUACUACCCGGGUUCCUUGUCUUCGCGACCAUACUUUCGACAAUUGUUGGACCAGCAUCUGCGGUCCUCCUCCUACCCAGCUUGGGUUGGUACGAGUUUGAUACAAGCUCGGCGUUCAGCAAAAUCGAGCCGCCCUUGUUGUACUGGUGGAAUCGGAGGGCCAUAUGGUUCAGAGACCCUUUCAGCGAGUACACGGAGUGCCAAGGACCUGCGGGGGUCUAUCGAGAUUAUUGUCCAGCUGGCGGGUUCCCUGUGAUCUCGAGCUGGGUACGGGACUACGCAGCCACCGACUUGACCAACAAUCUCACAUUUUAUUCCACGUCGUCAGAUAUUAGGCGCCAUUUAGUGUUCACGCAAGCCGAUGACAAGCCUAACACAUCUUCGACCACGCUUACCACCACGCCAUCGCACUUCCUCAUGACCAGCAUCGGUCUCUUUCAACAAUUCAUCCACAGCUCCGAUGUUGGUGCCCUAUCCCGCGAACCUCGCUACCGAAUUACAGCCAAAGGAGGCGCCAAUGUCAAGUCACCGACCGGAGAGGGAUCGGGUAACGACAAAAGCAUGCGAGACAUGUACUACGGCAAGAGUCAAGAAGACAUCCGAGUAAUAAGAUUCAGGUCGAAUUGGUUCAAAUUUCUCAACCCACACUGGAAUAUAUCAAACACGACCACCGCCUCGGGUGUUAGUCAGAUCAUCCUCAACUUUUCUUCGAAGUUAAAGGUGAAUGGGAAAACUGUGAACGUUUUGGCUCCAGUCGAUGGUGCGAAUAAUACAGCAUCAGAAAUAUUUCUGGCCAAAGUCUUUGGAGUUUACCUCGCCGAGGGUCUGGCACGGAACAGUCAAGAACAGAGAACCCGGAUCAAGCUCAAUAGUACUGACACCGAGCUAACUUACCUCGACUUGAACGAGCAACACGGCUACCUCGGAGGUGUUCAUAAAAUCACUCCCUUCAACAACACUCAUCAUCAGGAUGAGUGGAGAGACAGCACGACCCAGCGCAACACAACUUUUGCAGCUUUCACUGAGGUGCUGAACACGGCUUUGCCAAUCAACUUUACUGCGCAGCGCUACGGAUACGGAUCAGGACAAGGUCGCAAAACGCUGGAAUUUGCCCAGGUGAUGAUGCUGAUCUACCUCGGCAUCAUCGCCGUCUACGCCGCAACAGUGGGAACUGGAUACGUGUUGGAGCUUCUCAAGGUCAAGUCAGGUGGGGAGCGCAUCCGUGUCCUGAGCGUGAUACCAUGGUCAGAUUUACAAGACUUGAUCGUACUCGCACUAAAGACGCCGCCUCCAUCUGAUGAGGAUCUGGCAGAUGCUGGAGCUGGUGUUACUUCUGACAAAGUGUGGGAGAAGGUUGUGAGAGCGGAGUCUGACGACAAACGCAAUAUUCAACUAGCUUUCCAGGAGACAACACACACGAGAAAGCUGGAUGUGAGUCGGAAGGAGCGGUAUUAUUAA